CAAAUGCAGCAGAGGGGAAGAAUAUGAGAGAGCGAGAGAGAGAGGGAGAGAGAGACAGAGAGAGGUGCGUGAGUAAAAGGAAACUCCCUGUUUCCUUUGCCGUCACAUUUCUCUAACCACGCGCAUGUGGUUGUGGCGUUGGGAACGAGAUUACGCGUUUUGUCCCAGUAUUUUGUUGCGGUUUCAGAAAGACAAGAUCUCAUGAUUUUCGCCCCUGCACGCGGCGCCGUAGCUCUCGCCUGUCUCCCGGGUCAGCAGAAGCGCCGACAGGAUUCACGGUCUCCCAAGGCAUCGACAAUCAAAGCAGAGGCACGAACGCCCGAGUGGCAGGGGUGACACGACAAGAAGGGAAAGGGAGGAUGGCAGCUCUAAGCUUGGGGCUCAGUGGAGCCCGGAAGAGGGCUGCCGCUGGCAGCGCCGUGGAGAGGAAAAAUCUGAUUACCGUCUGCAGGUUCUCUGUGAAGACGCUGAUUGACCGCUCGUGCUUUGACACUGUGGAUGACUUGUCUCCCGAAUUCACCAACUUUGUGUCCAUCCUGGAGCAGAUCCUCAGUCACCGGCUCAAAGGGCAACUGAGCUGGUUCGGCUAUGAGAGUGCGAGGAGUUUCUGGGACUACGUUCGACUGGCCUGCAGCAAAGUCCCCCAUUCCUGCAUCCACAGCAUUGAGAGCAUGGAGAACGUACGCAGCUCCAGAGCCAAGGGGAGAGCUUGGAUCAGAGUGGCUUUAAUGGAGAAGCGUUUGUCUGAGUACAUCUCCGCCGGGCUGAGAGACUUCAAAACCACAAGGAGGUUUUAUGAUGACGGCGCAGUCAUGUUGGGGGAGGAGGCGGGGCUGCUGGCUGACACCCUCAUCGGACUCAAUGCCAUCGACUUCAGUUUCUGUCUGAAAGGUGAGGGGCUGGAUGGAAGCUGUCCUGCAGUCAUUGACUACACACCAUACCUCAAGUUCAUCCAGACGUCGGACAGCAUCAGCAGCGACGAGGAGGAGAUGCGGACCCUGGGCAGCAGUGGCAGCGAGGCCAGCACGCCGGAGUCCAACAUGGCCGCCGCGCUCCUCAGCCAGCAGAGCAGCUGGUUCAGCAAGUGCAAGCGCACGGAGCAGAAGUACAGAGUGACCCUUGAACAAAAGGGCUACCUGGAGGAGUUGGUGCGUGUGCGGGAGGCCCAGCUGGCUGAGUGUGUGUCUCAGAAUAAAGUCCUGAUGCAGCGCCUAUCAGACACAGAGCUCAGCCACAAGCUGGAGAAAGAGCAACUGGAAUUCAUCAUCCUGGAGCUACAGGACCAGCUCACGGAGCUGAAGAACCAUGACAUGCGCUCCAGGCAAGAGUUGACCGCACACCUGACCAAUCAGUGGCCUUCACCUGGAACCAUGGAUACCAACGCCGUCGCCCUGGAUACACUCUUGUACAGAAAACACACGGGACAGUGGGAAGAGAAAAGCUUUCAGAGUCUGGAGCAGCUUUCAACAGACAUGAGCCUCUCCCAGACAUCUCUUGAUCCCGCACAAACACACUCGCACACGCACAGCCUCGAAGGCAAGGCUGGUCUCACACACUGGCACAGAGAAGGUAAAGAGGACACUCCAUCUUUACGUGGGCUUUGUGGGUCUCUGACGUCCGUGGGCAGUUUUAAGUCUCUGACCAGUCUCAAGUCCAGUGAGUGUUUGGCCAGUCCCACCACUGAGAUCACCAGUCCAGGAUUGACGCCCUCAUAAGCCAACCCCCCCCCCCCCCCCUCAAGACUAGAGCCUUAUCCCAAAACCUCUUUAGACCAGGACCUCGCCUGAACCUCUUUCAACAGCCAAAGCCAGAAACAACAUUUGCAUCACACACACAAAAAAAAAAAUAUCAAAACAUGAACCAAAAGAAGGUUGGCAUCAUGGCGUCAGCAUUUUACUCAAAUACUGUUCUGAACAUCUGAGAAGGACUUAUUGAACCCAUUGAUCCAAGGCACUCUGUCCAGACACUAGCUUCGACUAGUAGUGCCACUGGAUAGACUAAAAAUAGCACCUCCUCAAGAGUCUGAUGAAGCCAGACCAUUAGGUUGCUGAUGCGAACAAACAGAUCACUAACUGACGUCAGUGUGAAGAUGGUGAACACAACUUUGUGACUUAUCCCCCUCUGCUGUAUGUUGUGUCCUGGUUUUCCACUGUUGCUGCUGUAAUCAUUGUGGAGAGAGAGAGAGAGAGAGGGCGAGAGAGAGAGAGAGAGAGAGAGAGAGAGAGACAGAGAGAGGGCGCGAGAGAGAGAGAGAGAGAGAAAUUAGGUGUGUGUGUGAAGUAAUGUAAUCGCUUUAGGAAAUAAGAUUGAUGAUAUCCAUCCCACAAUUUUAAACCGUUUCAAGCCAAUCCAAUAGACCAGUGAGAACAGUGUGUACAGAAAUAAGGAUCCUUACUCUCAGAGAGAGAGAGAGAGAGAGAGAGAUCAUAUUUCCUUUUCAUAUAUCAAUUUUUUUAUCAAAACAGGGCAUCCUUUGUUUCUCAUAUCCUGUAGUCAUAUCUUACACACACAGACACACACACACACACACACACACAGAGAGAGAGAGAGAGAGAGAUACGGACACACACAGAUACACAAGUAGAUACACACACAUACCCAAGUUGGCCUGUAUAGAGGCAUCACAGAGUUUCUGUCUAAAUAUGUCAAGCUAACUAUAAGCCUUGCCUUGCAACAACAACCCAACUGGGAGAGUUUCCUAAAUUAAAUGAACGAUAUUUCUCAGUAUUGGCUAGUAAAAGCUAUUUCUAUACUUGCUUUCUGACCAGAAUGAUAAGAAUGACCCAGGAUACUGUCAGUACCUCUGACUGCUAGUAGGAACAACUUGUAUAUUUUAAUCUCUUCCAUAUGAUCAAGUAGCCUAACAUUUCAAAUUAAUUACAAGAUGUACUAAAAACUAGUUACUAAACAUGACUUGGAAAAUGGUUGCAAAAACCCUGCGUAAUGCGGCUUUAAGUAGUGUACAAUUUUAAAGUGAUCAAGGUAGAUCUGUGUGUGUGUGUGUGUGUGUGUGUGUGUGGCCUUUGGUUUGUGGGAAUUCAUCAUUUUAAUCAGACCAAAAUCAUAUUAGACACCACUGAGGCCAUGUUUCCAUGGCAACUCCUCAACACCACGAGUGGUGUCAUUUGGUUAUGAUGUAAUCUGUUUCCCAAUCAUCUGAUUAGAGGAAAUGACAAAAAGAUGGACGCGUUUCUUACAGAACCAGAGACAGGCUCAAAAUACAAAUCAGGCAGCCCAUCUGUUUAUUUAUCUGUAAAUCUAGCCAGAAAAUCAGUACUGAUAUGAAUUACAGUUUGAGCACUCGAAAGUUGUAAUUACCUAGGCCUACUGGUGUCACAAGUGGAGCACUUCAAAGUAAUCUCAUACUUUUUUAUGGAUGACCUGAUGCAAAAUGUCUGUAUUUUUAAACAACUAAUUCAGAGAAUUAUUGGCAAGACUGAUUCCGGAAACGUUUCUCAUUUUGAUCCGUUUCUCACCCGGACACAAAUUAGCAAGCAUGAUUUAUUUUUGCGGUGAGAAUGUGCAGGACUGGGCAGCGGUCAUUUUUUGUACCGCUCUGCAGUACAUCUAGUUUCCGUCUGUUUGAUAACAGGACAGUCCAUUUCAGAGGUCAAAAGCUGUUUCAACAUUAACCGUGUUACGUAUUUCGGUAAUGUUAUGAAAUACAAUUCAUCAUUUCAGAUAUCGAGGAACUCUAAUCAUAUCAUGCCCUGCUCUGAUUAUUCAUUUGGUAUUCAUUUCCAAAAUGAGACUGUGAGAUGUCAGAGUUGUGAUUGAGGUAAACUGCUGUGCUACAUUUAAAACCAGAGCUGCUAGGAAUAAUCCUGUUGUAGUUAUCUUGUAUCCAUCCUCAGUAUAAUGAGAGAGAGAGAGAGAGAGAGAGAGAGAGUGAGAGGAAGAGAGAGAGAGAGAGAAAGACACAGAGAGAGAGAGAGAGAGAGAGAGAGAGAGAGUGUGUGUGUGUGUGUGUGUGUGUGUGUGGGGGGGGGGGGGGUGGGUGUGAGAGAGAGAGACAUACAGUAUAGGGAGCUCAGUUUUAAUGUCACUCAGAGAAGGACAAUCCAACAACAAUAUUCCACUCAUUACUUCACGUUUACUUUACUGACUGAAGUUUGAUUCAGCUAAGUGAUCUCUACACUGGUGUAAUCAAAAAGGCUUUUCAUUGGCUUAGUAUGAAGUGAUUGUCAUUUACUUUCACAUUCAAUUAGAGCAGCUUUUCAAACAAACAAUGGAACAAAUUAAACUGGACCAAGCAGGAAUGUGAGGGUUGCUAUUUCAGUGGGAUGUUGAAGUUGGACUAAAUAUGUUGGCUGUAUAUAUCUGCAUGGGGUAGGUGAGGACUUUAGUGUUUAAGCUCAGUAGCGGAGAGAGCUCAGUGUCAAGGCAGGAAGAAUGACACGGUGUUAUUUAAAGAGGCAGUAUCCAUGUGUUUUUUUUUAUAGUCUGUAAGAAAAGAAAAGCUUUUUCAAGGACAGAUCCUGCGAGUUGCACUGGACAGAAAUGCUCUCCACUCGGAGUGUUGUUCUCAUUAUUGCUUGUCUCAGCAUUGUUUUUUUUUUUUUCAUUAUGAGGCCUUCUAGCUUGGGCUGGGUCAGAGAGAAAUGACUCAUCAUUUUACUCACUGAAAGGAAAUGUUUACAAAUGAUGAGAACUUAAUGUGAAUGUAUUUGUUUUUAAAAAACAGCUGUUUGACCCAUGCAGCUUAUUUUAUUUCGUAGGUGUUGUCAGAGAGUUCCCUGUCCAUCCGUCCAUGCUUAGUCUUUAAUGAAGACUACCCGUUUCUGUGAGUGACCGAACUAUGGCACUUUUAGACCUUCAGUGUAGAGAUAUUGUAUGUCUGGCUCCAAAAGGACUACACCGGUCAAAUAAUCACAAACACAUGCAGUAAUACUCCACAACGUUCAGCCAAAUAUGAAUGUAGGAUCUAUCAUGACAAUUAGUUGUACCAAUUGACCCUAACUUAUGGUAAUGUCCCCCAAACAUACAAGUUAACGUCAAGCAUUAAACAUCAAGAGUGGCACCCAGUAAAUACAUAAUCAGGAUCUGGUCUUGCAUCUACAAUGGUCUUUUAUUAUGAACAAAUACUUGAAGAGUUUGGUUCCGAAAUGCUAUAUCCUCCACUUCAACAAAUUUUCAUAAAUCAUUUUGACACAGAGUAAUUGUCAUAAGCCUAAAAUGUUGAGUGUGAAAUCAGAAACAAUUAUGUUGACUGACAUUCAUUCAGUUUUCAAGUCAGAAACAAUUUGAUGUUGUCUGAUACACCAGAGCAUGCUGCCAUUUUACUGUUGGUGUCAAGACUUUCAUAAGAAGCUCAUGGCAUGUUUGUGGAAGUCUUAUAACUCACAAUUGUGUGUUCUAGAAUCCAUGUGUUGCGGAUUCCUGCCAAAGCGUGUUCUUUUGUUGGGAAGUUGCUCUGCUCCUUCAGUUGUAACACAUCAUUUUAUCGCUUAUUUGUGUUCGGAUUUUUUUUUAAUUAUGUACUGUGAUUGUUUUCUUUCCUGACAUUGAAUGUAUCAUCUCCACCUUUGUUCAGAGGGGUUGAAACUGAAUAAACAACCUGUGUUAAAUUUU